AUGCCCCGCGAAGUGGCGAUGAACUUCUUGAGAGUCCACGAAAGCUCGGAUUCUACACAUGCACGCGAUUCCUUCGAUUCCCUGUGCGAGUCAACAGCGGGAGUGGGCCAGUCCUCGGAGAAGGUUAUCGAAGGAUGCUCGGAAAGACCAGCUCCGCCACAAUCACCAGAAUCACGGAUGUUUCUGCACUUGGUUGGUUACUCCCUGCCGGAGAUUGCAGCGAGUUGUUCGGAAGGAUCAACAGCGGGACUUGGCCAGUCCCCGGUCCAGUACUACCCGGCAAAUCUUCCUGGUAUUUUUUUUCACUUGCGGAACCGAUCCUCGCAACAACCUUCCCCGCAAUCCACCAGCAAUCUGUGCAAGAAGCCCAGUGCGGAUCUGCGCUCCGACCCAGAAAUUGCCGACAAGACCAUCGACUGCCUCGGACUUGGGAUUUCACCGGAAGUCGAUCCGACGGUGCGGAUUUGCGCCGGCUCUGCCGAACGCGUCGACGCGCAGCACGCUUUCCGGACGCGAGACCUGCACUGCAACAGUUACGUCGAGAACUCCGGAGGACAAGGAAGACGAGGACGUGUGCCGGUUCUGCUUGAAGGCGGAUGGCGGGUGGCGUUGGUCGAGUUGUUUCCGGGCGGCGGCGGGAGCGUGGCGGAUGAGGUGCAAACGGUGCGGGAUUGUUUAGGGGUUGAGAUCAACAGCUGGGACAUGGUGACGAAGAUUUACGGGGAUUGUGUGGGCGGUAUUGAAAAGUUGGCUAAAUUUCGGGCGGAAUUUUCGCCGACAGCCGUGCCGGUGAAGCUGGAGGACGUGACGGAUUCGUCGGAUUCGUACAGCAUUGGCAGCGAGAAUGGGGAAGGGGGUGAGGGUUUUGAGUCGGACAGUUCGACGGCGGAUAACGGGGAGAAGCGUGGGGAAAAGCGGAAGGUCACGGCACGGUCGCUGCCGUGGAUUGGAAGUGACCACGAGGUUACGAAGGUUACAAGUCUAAAUGUUUGAACGGAGCGGAGGAUGGAGUUUAUGCGAAGGUGAAGGCCAAUAAUGCGGAUAUUUACAAAAUCCUCCAGCAGAAGGA